AUGGAGGUUGAAAAGAACAUGGCGUCUUUUCUCAAUCUGAAUUCCAACUUGAUCGAUUCAAUGAUCGCCUAUGUGAUUGAUCCGAAAUUGGAGCCAUUUUCGGAACCAAAAGAGGAUGAUUCUGAUGAAUUGAAGGCUGUAAGGAAGAAGCGUGAAGAUGAUGAAGUCAUGUGCCGGGGUCAUAUUCUCAACACUCUCUCUGAUAGGCUCUAUGAUCUCUACAACUCGAUGGAGUCUCCAGUGGAGAUUUGGAACGCUCUUGAAUACAAAUACAAAACUGAGAAAGAAGUGGGGGCAAUUAUUGCUAAAUUGCCUCAAAGUUGUAAUGGUUAUAGAAAGAAACUCCUUCAUAGGAGAAAUGACAUAACUUUGAAGGAAUUACAAAAACACUUGAGGAUCGAAGAAGAGACUAAGUCUCGUGAUCCCAAUGGCAAGAUUAUAGAUUUCUCUAAGGUUAAAGUUGCCGAAGCUAGCCAUUACCAAAAUGACUGCAGAUACAAGAAGAAAAAGGAAGAAGUUAACACCAACAAAGCCAAUACUGUUGAAGAAAAAUCCGAAGACAUAUGCGCUAUGGUAUCAGAGAUGCAAAUUGACAUGAUUAUUGCACCUAACAUGGCUGCAACUAAAUUCUCCGAAUGGUGGCUUGAUUCCAGUGCCACAAUCGACGUUUGUAAUGACAAGAAAUUGUUCUCAUCAUACAAAGUGGAAAAGGAAGGACAAACGGUUCUCAUGGGGAAUAAUGAUGCAUCGAUGGUUGCCGGGAGAGGUGUGGUUGAGAUCAACUUUACUUUUGGAAAGAAACUUAUUUUGAACAAUGUUCUUCAUGUUCCUGAUAUUAGGAAAAAUCUUGUAUAUGCUAGUCUAAUGUGUAAGAAUGGGCUUCAGAUUAUACUUGAGGGCAAUAAUUGUAUUGUAUCUAAGAAUGAGGAGAUAGAAAUGGUGUACUUAAUAAAAAUACCAUUGUUGCUUAAUGUAGAAGAAGAUCCAAAGACAUUUAGUGAAGCUAUGUCUUCAAAGGAUGCCUCCUUUUGGAGAAAGGCCGUGAAUGAUGAAAUGAAUUCAAUUAUGUCGAAUCAAACUUGA